UUAAAAGGUAACGUAUACGAGAGGGUUUUUGAGUUCUCUCUUACGUUUUUUUCUCUGCUAAUAAAUCAAAAGUAUCCAUCAGAAAUGUUCAAAGCUUGAGGAAUCUUCUCUAAAGCAUCGAUUUUGAUUCUAUUCUUUGAGUGGAAAUUUUUAAAUUCUUGUGGGAGUUUAUUUUUAAUCUCUCAGGCUGAUUCAUCUUUAUUAUAUAUAAACAAGCCAAGAUGGAUCAGAUGUCAUCUGAUAACAUUAAUGGACUCAUAUUAGCAGUCUCUUCAAGUAUCUUUAUUGGGUCUAGCUUCAUCAUCAAGAAAAAGGGUCUCAAGAAGGCCGGUGCAUCCGGUGCCCGAGCAGGUGAAGGAGGACAUGGAUACUUAUAUGAACCAUGGUGGUGGGCUGGAAUGAUUACAAUGAUUGUUGGGGAAGUAGCCAAUUUUGCAGCCUAUGCAUUUGCUCCAGCUAUUCUAGUAACACCUUUGGGAGCUCUAAGUAUUAUAUUCAGCGCAGUGCUAGCUCAUUUCAUUUUACAAGAGAAACUACAUAUAUUUGGGGUGCUUGGUUGUGUUCUCUGUGUUGUUGGGUCUACAACGAUAGUCUUACACGCCCCGCACGAGCAGGAAAUAAAAUCAGUUAAGCAAGUUUGGAAGCUUGCUAUUGAACCAGGCUUUCUGGUGUACUCUGCUGUGAUUGUGAUUGUGGUGCUUGUACUGAUCUUCUACUAUGCACCUCGCUAUGGGAAGACUCAUUUGAUAGUAUAUGUUGGAAUCUGCUCUUUAAUGGGUUCUCUUACUGUAAUGGGUGUUAAAGCUGUGGCCAUUGCCAUAAAGCUGACGUUUUCUGGGAUGAAUCAGUUCAAAUACUUCCACGCUUGGAUUUUCGUUAUAAUAGUCACAGUUUGUUGCAUUUUGCAAAUCAAUUACUUGAACAAGGCAUUGGAUACAUUCAACACAGCUGUCAUUUCUCCGGUUUACUACGUUAUGUUCACAACUUUCACCAUUAUAGCUAGUAUGAUUAUGUUCAAGGAUUGGGCAUCUCAAAGCGGGUUAAAGAUCGCCACAGAACUGUGCGGUUUUGUCACCAUUUUGUCAGGAACGUUUCUGCUUCACAAGACGAAAGAUAUGGGAAACAGUGGGAGUGCAAGUGGUCGUGGAGCUUCCUCUACGCCUAGAGACAAUCCUGUCUUCACCACUUCAGGAUCUGGUCGGAGCUCCAGCUCAGAUAAAAUAGUAGCCUCUUGACAUUUUUUAAAAAUCAUCCAACUGUUUGUUAACGGUCCAGAUUCUUCCAUGUACCUCAAAAGCACAAGGAUGUGUGUGUUGGUAUGGUGAUGAUUUUGUUAGGAAUAUUUAACUGUUUGCUUUUUUAUAUUGUUUCCCACAUGAAAGAAAAAUUGUAACUUUACGAUUCAAGAGACAACAGAAAUUUUAGAUUUAUAAUAAUGGUGUGCAGAUAAACUGAACCAAAUCCAAAUCGAAAACAAUUUUUUUUUUUUUGUAUAGAUCUGGUUGGUAGUGUUCUUAAAGGUCCCUUGGAGAAACCAAAGUCUUGACAUAAACUUUAGCGUCCCGACAACCAUUUAAGCUGUUUGAAACUGGGUACUGGAACUUCCCAGUGGUACAGUUAUAGAGAGCUAAACCGGAUCUAAACUCCAAGAGAACCACUAACCCUCUUGAGAUCCAAAGCGGUCUAACAAACUCAGUCAAACCGGGAAUGCUCAAGAGUUUAGACCAAGAUUCUCCUUCUCCAAACUCCUUCAUCACCCAAACAUCUGCGUUUGCUCCUUUGCAAUAACACACCAUGGAAAGACAUCCUCUCAAAUCUCCAAGCGUCAAUGUAAAACAUCCUCCCUUGCAGCAACCUGGUCCACGAAGCACCUUGAACACAUCUCGUGACAUAUCGUAUGAUAUGACGGUAGAAAUUGAUGAUGAUGAGUGAGUGGCUGCCCAGUUUAGUGUUCCGUUAAUGUAGAUGCCGGAUCUUGAUUUGUUAGCAAGAACAAGUCCACAGGGAAAACAAGUGCUUCUCCAUAGCUUUUGUCUCGUUGAGUAAACCAAUGCCUCUGUCUUCAACUGGUGUCUUUGUUGCAACAAUGCAACUAUCUUAUAGUCAUCUUCAGAUUCAUCAUAACCGAAUCCAUAGUUUACAACAACCUCAUCUCUCGUUUCAAGAUCCGAACCAGCCAAUCUUUUUUGAAGCUUGAUGGUCGGGUUCCACAAGUAGAAGCUUUUGUUGUAAUCUACAUGGAAACAGACCAACCCAUUGCAGGUCCCCACGACUUGGUAGUAAUCUCUGCCUAAAAGCUCACCAUCAUGCUCAUGAACGGUGGCUACUGGCUCAUCAUACAGAGAGUGGACGCAGCAAGACUUGAGAUGGUACCGAGACGUUGUGAUGACUCCGUAUGGACUCUUCUUACAAGUGGUUGCCUUGGAGGCCUCCAACAUCAGAGCGUGUUUCAGAGUAAACACAGUCUCAGAUAUCAAAGAUCUCCAUGAGGUGCAAACGCAUUUGAAUCGCUUCAAUGACUUCACGGGUAGUCUUAAGAGAAUCUCUUCCAUCAUUUCAGGAGGGAGAUUAGGUGGAGAGAAGAAGCUCUUUGUGAUGGGUUCCUCCAUGAGUUUUGAGCAGAGG